AUGGCCGAGAAGUCCAGGUUCAUAGAUGACAUCAAGGAGGCGCUGGAGAAGUCCAAGGAAACGGGCCUGGCUCAACUGUUCCUCACCUAUCAGGGCGUACCUUACCCCGUCACCCUUUGCAGCCUGGAGACAUUCCAAGCCCUGGACACCUUCGAGGCCAGGGACGAUGACAUUAUACUCGCCUCAUAUCCCAAGUGCGGUUCAAACUGGAUUCUCCACAUUGUUAGUGAAUUAGUAUAUGCUGAUUCGAAGAAAAAGUACGAACACCCAGAAUUCCCAGUUCUUGAAUGUGGAGACCCAGAAAAAUAUGAGAGAAUGAAACAAUUCCCGUCACCGAGGAUUCUGGCCACUCACCUCCACUAUGACAAAUUACCUGGGUCCAUCCUCAGGAAGAAAACCAAGAUACUGGUGAUGUUCCGAAAUCCCAAGGACACUGCAGUCUCCUUCUUCCAUUUCCACAAUGAUGUCCCAGACAUUCCCAGCUACGGCUCGUGGGAUGAAUUCUUCGUGCAGUUCAUGAAAGGAGAAGUUUCUUGGGGAAGCUUUUUUGAUUUUGCAGUGAGCUGGAACACAUGUCUAGAGGAGACGAACAUUAAGUUCAUGUUAUAUGAAGACCUGAAGGAGGACCUGGCAGCUGGGAUCCAGCAGGUGGCCGACUUCUUGGGUUUCUCUCUGAGCACGGAGCAGAGGGGAGUUAUCUCAGCCCAGAGCACCUUCCAGGCCAUGCGGGCUCGGUCCCAGGAGACCCACGGAGCCGUGGGCCCGUACCUGUUCCGCAAGGGGGAAGUCGGUGAUUGGAGACGGGUGUUCAAUGAAGCUCAGAGCCAAGAAAUGGAUGAAAAGUUCCAGGCGUGUUUGGCCGGCACUGUCCUGGGUUUGAGACUGAAGUACAACACAUACUGCCGGGGCUGA